AUGACCCACUAUGCUAAAAGUCUCAAGUUUAGCAAGGCUGAUAGGUCUGUUUGGUGGAAGAGUCAAGAGCCCGAGCACUCUUCUAAAUUGACUUUCUUGGGAUGGCUUUUCAGUACGAUAAGCAAGCUUCCAACAGUACUUGAGGUUGUGAAGGAGGUGAAGCCAGCACUAGCAGUCUUGAAUAAUAGCAGCUGCCAUACUGGCCCUAACUCCGAGAAUCAAAGAGAUUCAGAACCGCACAACGAGAGCCAUCUGGUAGCUGUUCAUCCGAAGCUUGAGGAUCAGGAUAAGUCGGCAUUGCAAGAAGAGCACAAAGAUGAACCUGGAGGAGACAGAUGUGCAAUCCCUAGUGGGAAUUAUAUUUGGAGCGUGUCCUGGAUCAUCUGUAAAGUUUGCAAGAAGUGGGUGCAAAUGCAAAAAAAUUGA